AGAUGUAGUCCUCCUGUCCCAACGAAUCAGGGACGAGGGACUACGUUUCCCAGAGUCCUCCCGGAGGAAGAGAAACGGCUUUGCAAGAGGGGGCAGGUCGGGAUUCAACACCGAAGGCCGGCUCUCUCGCCUCCCCUCCUCCGAUGCUGCCGUCCCGCCUGCUGCUGCUGCUCCCCCGCCGCCGGCUCUGCUGGCCGUCGCUGACCUGUGCCUACUCCGCAGGGGGCGGCCCUUCCAUGGAGAAGCCGGUGGAGGCGGCCAUCCGGGCCAAACUCCAAGAGGCCCUCCAGCCCGUCCACCUGGAGGUCAUGAACGACAGCCACAUGCACGACGUGCCCCGGGGCUCGGAGACCCACUUCCGGGUGGCGGUGGCCAGCCGGUCCUUCGAGGGCCUCUCCCUCAUCCACCGCCACCGGCUGGUGAACGACAUCCUGCAGGAAGAGCUAGCCGGCCCGGUGCAUGCCCUCUCCAUCCAGGCCAAGACCCCGCAGCAGUGGGAGAAGCACCCCGCCGUGGGCCGGAGCCCCCCGUGCCUCGGGGGGGCCAAACACGACCCGCACGUGGCCAGCAAAGUGGGGAAAAGGGACUGACGAACGCCCGGGGGUCGGGGGCUCUUGGGAGCCCUGGGGAGGGGGCGAACCGCUUUGGCAGCUGGGAGGAUUCUGCCGCUCCUAUCCCAAAGCUUUGCAUCGUUGCACUCAUUUACAGGAAGGUUUCACAGGGCAGCGGGCGUCUCUCUGCUCGGCAAGGCCUGCUCCGGCCAGCUGUCUGGCUUCUGUUGCAGCAGAAAGAUUUGGCUUUUGUGAGAACGAGCGUCCUGCUUCGCCUUUCCCAACACUAAUUAAAUAUCUCCAUGUUGUUUAA